AUGAUGAGAGACAUUAUCGCGCAUGUGUUGAUGUUCGUCUUCUUGAAGUUCUCGUGGUCUCAGACGUGUUUCCAGUUCGUUUCACUUGCCUGGCCUUAUCACCCGGCCAUGGCAGAACCAAACUUCUUCGACUCUUGGUCCUUGGACCGCAGAGAUUUCCGAGGCCUUGGCUCAGCCCUGUUCAAAAUUGCCUCCCUGAGCUUGCCACCUGCAGUACCGGUUGGGCUGAGCUGCGAGCCUCAAUACCUCAAGUGGGGGUUCAUGUUGAUGUCACAUAGCAGAAUGUCAGAAAGUGUUACUGGUAGUUCAUGUUGGUCAUAUGGAGAGAAGAACCCUACAUGUCUCUACAUAGCUGAAGUCGUCGCUGAGGACUUGACCGAGAACGACCACGUUACACCAGUUCCCAAUAGCCAACAGAACCUGUCUCACUCUCGCCUGUCUCCCUGUCAAACCGACAGCGCCGCUCCUCGUGGCUCAUUGCGCCGCAGCGUCGCAUGGUGAACCAAGUUACCGGUGUCCGCUGUUGGUCAGGGUCAUUGGGGCGAAGAAUGAUCUGUGGGGGUUAUAUGUAAGCUCUGUAUAAAUCAGAUUGUGUAAGUGAUGUUACACCUCGAUUCUUGCAUGCAUGAAAUUCGUCCUCAUAGGGAAGGAAGUUUGAGAUGGAGUUGAGGUUGAUUUACAGGAUGAGAUGUAAAUUACCGUAUUGGGAAUCCACGCGGCAGAUGAAGUUUGAAAGAUUAAAGCCCAGAUUGUUCUUAACUAAAAACCGAAGCGUCCGUUACACCCCAAACACUGCGGCUCCUCUUGGAGAGAAACGCCCUUCUAUUCUAUAUUUCUUGCGCACGUCUUUGUCGGUGUUAACAGUUUGACAAACCUCCAGGGGCAGCCUGUUGCCCUCAGCACGUUCGGCGGUGAAAAUUACAAACUCGGG